AUGUCCCGAGGGGCCCUGGGCUCACCCCAGCCCCUCUCCCCGGUUGCUGCCCCCUGCUCCCCAGGACACGAGUACGCCCAGGAGUGCCUGAUGUUCGCCAGCCUGCUGGAGCCGGAGAACCCGGUGCUGGAGCAGAAGCUGCAGUGGGUGACGCAGCAGCGACUGGAGAAGAGGAGCACGUGCCCCUCCACCAUCAGGGAGGAGAAGGAGUACAACCCGUUCCUGCGGACCCACUGCCGGGAGCUGCACCGGGCCCUGGGCCUGCAGCCGCUGAGCAACGAGGACUGGGAGAGCUUCCGGGCGCGGGUGCUGAAGGAGAUCACUACUAGCGAUUUCGCACUGUGAGGCUUUAGCUGAGCCAGGCAGCACUGGAGGCAGUGGGUGUGGAGAGGGGCAGGAGGCAGGCUUCUGCUGUCCGUGUUCGUUCCCGGCGCU